CUGAUAGGAUUUAUCUCUUACUUCGGAUUAUUCAGAUAGGGUUACACAGCUAGGCUAAAUGACAUAUUACAGUUCUCGGCUUGUCUGGUCGGAUACGCAGGAUGGGGCAAUAUUGUCUCCUGGCUUUUUCAACUCAAAUCGACUGGCAAUAGGUUCUAAUGGCUCCUCGCUGUCAAUGUUCGUCGCGUCAGGCGCUGGUGUCUACUACGCGCCUUAUGCGUCGCAUAGUCGAAAAGCGAAAUGUCCGACGGAGAAUGGCGUCGCGGAUGAGGGGACGGAUUUGGGAGGUGAAAACAUCCGCGCGCUGAACCGUGAGUGUCGUGCUCAACAAGGGGCGUUCGAAAAAACGUCGAACACAAACGUUGAUUUUUGUCUGGAUCGAGUAGAAAUUCAGAGUUUGAUGCAACAAUAUGACUCAAUACACCACAGAAAUAUUCUUUACGCUAUAGGAACGGCCGGAUUGGCGAUCGCUAUGGAUGUCACAGAAAUAGGCGAUAACUUCAAGUCAGUUUUAGAGAAUCAGAAAGAAGGGUCGAUUUCUUUGUCAAAACUGUCAUAUCCAAAACAUCGUUCUCAUCUUCUUGUUCCCCCUUCAUUUCGAAUUCCAAAUCUCACUCGCUGGAGUGGGAUUAGCUGUCACUCAACUCAGCCAUCCCGUUGUUGUACGGCUCGGUACAUCGAUAAACUCGUCUGCUUGUACGACAAGGACGUCUUGCUCAACUUCUUCCAUACCGUCCAUUCGCCGACUCAGCUUCGAUUGAUAUCCCCAAAUCUGCUCGCCAUCACAGAACAGCACAUUCUGUCCCUAUGGGACCUUCGCAUCUCUACCACGUCACCACAAGGUGCAUCGACGGACUCCGAAUCCACGCGGAGGGAAGCGUGCGUACAGCGACUGCGCGUUGAGAACGGUAAAACACUAUGGGCUAUGGACGUCGCCGAUGAGCCUAUCAUCGGUGUGGGCGGACAAGGUCGUUGCGUGUUCAUAUUUGAUCUGCGAAGAUCCGGUCCCAUCGCCACCUGGGAUCACUGCGUAAAAUACGAAUUGACCCAUCUCAAAUUCUCUCAGCAAAACCCCAGCAUUCUAUCCAUCGCUGGCGCCGAUCGAGAGCUGAUCUGCGGCAAGUGGGAACGUCGGCGACAGGCCCUAACGUGCCAUGAAAGGCACAUUCGUAGCAUGGAUAAAUGGACUGGCAUGGCAGCCUCUCCCCUCACUGAUUCUAUAUUCGCUCUAACCAUGCAAGGAGAGCUCUAUGAAAUAGAAAAUGUAUCUAACUGGCUCGAAGAGUAAAGCGUUGCCAAAGCUUCAAUUGUUCCGCACCUCUUCGUAAUUUUUUUUUCGCGCCUCUUCGAAAUAUUCCAAAAAAAGUCUUGGCCUCCUCCCAAUAUUCUCAUACCUCUCUGCACGCACAUUUUCCUCUUCCUCCUGCCCAGAGAAAUAGCUGCAAUCCAGAUGUACAAGCGUUACCGGUCAAACGUCUUCAACCCCCUUGAAGAUUCUUCCUCCGAAGACGCUGACCACGCGCCGCGCCUCCUUCCCCGUCCAUCUCUCAAGAAAAUAAAAAAAAUCAAGCGUUCCUGCCAUUCCCCGCCUCCCCAAAACUCCGCGCGACCUAAAAACCCCAAUUCCGAUGAUACCAUCGUCCACCAAUCCUUAGUCACCGAGCGCGAUCUCAAAAUGGCCGGCAAGGAAAGAAAAAAACGUGGCAACCUCAUCACGACAUAUCAAUGCUCACUCUGUCCAGAACUUGAGAUCAAAUCGCUUCUCGACGUCAAAAACCACAUCAAAUCAAAUCUACAUCUCAAACGACAAAAAACUGCUCGAAAGCUGCGAGGGCUAGCUUCCUCCGAUUCCAAGAAGACGCGCAAAAAAGGUCUCCAGGCCGGUCUAACUAGACUUAUCAACCGCCUUAGACGAGUAUCAGAAAGCUCAUAGACUUCUGUGUGAUUUGUUUUUUGCUCAAAAAAACUUUUCCCAGGGUUAUUGUUGACCACGUCCUUUCCUCAACGUUGCCAUAAUUUGCGAGAAAAAGAAUCGUUUUUUGAGGAAUUCAAGGUGCUGUGUGGAUUUACCGUCCUUGAAUUCCUGCAUAUCCACAAAAGAUGCAUAUUGCAUUUGCCGCGCCGAAGCAAAUCCGUUCGCCAUUACCGAGAAAAAAUUUUUACGAAAGACGACUCUUCGUCGUAACACUGUUGACAUAAAGCCGACCUAAUAAGAAAAAUUUCUACCCUCUAAAUAUACAACAGGUCUCGCACCGUGUUCUUAUAAA